UGUCACCAUCGUAUGACUGUGAUUGUGGACUGUGGGAGUGGCAGGGGCGCGGGGGAAGGGGGGGUGCCCUGGGCAGUGGUACUGUUGGCUCUAGCUGCCAUCACUUCCUCCACGCUGUCGGUGCUGUCCCUGUACCGCGUGCUUGCACUGCAGGCGGAGGUGGAGGGCUUGAGGGCAGAGGUGAGCCGCCGCAGGGAGGGGCGCUGGGGGCCCCCAGGAGAGGGGGAUACCCAGGGGCUGCGGCAGGGCCCCCAGGGCCAGGACUGGACCCAGACUGAGCAAGAGGGACACCCUGGUUCCACAUCUGAAACGGAAACCGUCAAAUCUGAGAAGCACGCAAAAAGAAGUGUCGGGGAUGGCCAGGCAGUGCUGCAGCCCUGUUUGCAAAUGUUGGCAGACAGCAAGAGAUCAACAUUCCAGAAGGAGUUUGAGGAGGAGAUGCAUACGGGUAUCCCCUGGCAGACAGGCCUGCGGAGAGGCACUGCCCUGCAGCUCCACGAUGACGUCAUACAGGUGUCCGAGGAGGGAUUCUUUUUCAUCUACAGCCAGGUCUACUACACAGACAGCAGGUACACGAUGGGCCACAUCAUCCUCCGCAUGAAGAAGAACCUGGUGGGGAACGAGAAGCAGCACAUUGUCCUCUUCCGCUGCGUCCAGAAUAUGAGUGAACAGGCCCCCCACAACACCUGCUACACAGGCGGCAUUGUGAAGCUGGAGGCAGGGGACACGGUGGAGCUGCUCAUCCCGAGAGAUUCAGCCAAAGUGUCGCUAGGUGGAGACUUCACCUUCCUCGGAGCCAUCAAACUGGCCUGAUGUGGGCAUGCUUGUGACUGAAGGACAGUAGGGGGACCCACAGGGUCAAUAUUCUGGACCCAUCCAAAUCUAAAAUGGCUUUGUGUUUUAAAUGAAGGAUGGUGGUGACGUGCCAUAAUAUUCUGCCAAUGACUCCCUGGGGGGAAGCACUGUAGGACUACUAAAAUAUCCACAUCUCCAAUGGCAAAUAUAUGUGUUUAUUAUUUUUUUUCCUGGGAGAUUUCACCCUCCUCGGUGCCAUCAAACUAGCCCGAGGUGGCUGUGGGGAACUCACAGAUCUGCAAUCCCCAAUGUUUGUGUUUCAAAACUUUUUCAAAUGAAGGAUGAUGGUGGUGACACAUGCCACAACAUUCAGUCAACAUGUCACUGAG